AUGAUUACAAGCUCAUCUACGACGCCAACCUUUCUUGGUAAUGGGCCCGUCGCGUUUGAAGCAACAAAUAAGGGAACCUUUAUGACGGGACUACCAAAGACUCUGGCGUCUCAGGGGGGACAGAUCAUCGUGGCUGGUUUCGACCCAGCAUUAUUUGAUACGAGCUCUCCUAGCGAUCCCUGGCAGAUUCCCACAAUCAACACGCCGCCUUUCACUAGCGCCCCAGCCGCCACUUUUACUUCCCUCGGAUCCGUCGAAGUGACCUGGACAUGGAUUGCAGGACUGGAUGUAAGCGCGCAAGAAGUCACUCUGACCGUUGCGGGACAAACCCUUCCCCCAGUCAAGGUUGAAAAGCCUAGUGUUACUGCCACUUUCACCAUGGCCCAAGCUAACAAUCUGUUCACUCCGGGCGCAAGGGUCGCUAUCCAAUGCACACCCAUUACACCCGGUCUAUGGGCUACUCCUGUGAAUACCACUUUUCACAUCCCGACGACCACUCUCAUGUCAUCAUUUUCAUUGAAUAGUUUACCUCUCGUGGCCCCUGAGUGUACGAUGACGAGUCUCCACGUAUCAGGAACAAGCAAUAUGCAUGUCUGGUGGACAACCCCCACAGGAUCUAUUGAGACAGCUCAGUCCGUCUUUACAAGUUCGGAAAUGGAUCCGCUGCAAUUAGCCGGUGCGUCGACCGUUUCUAAUACAGGAUCUUGCCUUGCUUCCGCGUAUGCCAACUCUGCGAACCAACAGUUUUGGUGGAUCACGGCAGCUGGGGCUAUUGAUGGACUAGUCAAUACCGGCACAGGAUGGGCGCCCCCUGGCACCGGAGCUGGUGAAAGGUUUCCCUUCAACCAGGCUGGGGUAGCUUCAACAGUCAACGGAGGCUCCAUGACAAGUGUCUUACUAGAGGGUGAUACUGGAAUGAUCCUUUUCUGGGUCGGUCCAAACGGUGGCAUCAGUUGCUGCAGAUGGAUUAAUGGCUCGGGUUGGCAGCCCGUCUCAGAAGCACUUCCCGCUGGGACGGCAAGCCCUUCUGCCCAACUGACUGCGCAGGUCAUUGGCAGUACUGCCUACCUCUACUUUGUUACUCCGGAGGGUGGAAUUGUCAGUUCCACUUGGUCAGACGCUGGCACUACUAGUUCGGGCGUCAUUUCCCAAUCCACAGUUGCCCAGUCUGGCAGUGCAUCUACAAAUGCAACAUUGUCUUCGGCCUUGGUAAGCUCACAGGAGAUUGCGGUCUUUUGGACGACACCCAAGAAUGGCAUCCAAAUGUUCCUUCAAUCUCGCAACAUUGAGCGACCUGUUACUGUGGCUCAGUCAGUCCUGGGAGGGACAGGAAUUGCGGCUUAUUCAAUGGGAGCUAGUCAGUGCUCAAUUUGGUGGAUUGGACAGUCAAAUGAUCUCAGAAGGUCGAAUGUGGACUUCACCAAAAUCGUGGCAGCAGUGACGCCCACCUGGCCUGUGUUUGAAGAGGUUGGCCCUGGUUCUUGCCAACAAACUCGAUCACUUGUUGUCCAGACAGUAUCUGGAACACGUAUCGAUGUCUUGUAUGCAAAUACGAAGGGUGUAUUGUCAGGAUUGGCCUACUAG